GCGGUGCCGCUAAAAUGGCCGAGCAAUUUGGAUUACCUUUCUUGGGCGAAUUACCUUUGGUGCAGAGCAUCCGCGAAGGUGGUGAUAUGGGUAUCCCUGCGGUGAUAGAUGAAGAUUCAGUUGCUCGUCUCAAAUUCCUUGAGCUUGCCCGCAAUGUGGCACAGAAUGUUUCUAUCCGUAAUGCG